GGAGGACCCGGCGCGGCGCAGAGGUCUCUGAACGUGAACCCCUGGGCGGUGCGUUCUCCUCGCCGCCGCGAGUUGCGGCCACGGGCGCACGGGAGCUCUGAGUUCGUGCGUCCGGGCAGAGGCAGAGCAGUGGUCCGGUUCUGUUUUCUUUUGUCCGGCUGGGUUGCGGGGAGAGCAAGGGACCCGGAUUUCUUGUUGCAAUAGAACAGCUGGCCGGGUCCGGCGGCCGCCUGCGCUGACCGUCCGCCCGUCGUCGCCGCAGGCAGCCAGCCCGCCGUCAUGACCGACCACCUGAUGCUCGCCGAAGGUUACCGCCUGGUGCAGCGACCGCCGCCCGCCGUGCCCGCCCACGGCCCCCAGGCGCUCCGGACGCUGCAGCCGUAUGCGGGCGCGGGCUUGGACAGCGGGUUGCGGCCACGGGGGGCUCCGUUGGGCCCGCCGCCGCCCCAACCGGGGGCCCUGCCGUACGGGGCUUUCGGGCCGCCGCCUGCCUUUCAGCCCUUUGCGGCUGGGCCGCCAGCGGCCGCCGGCAGCGCGCACCUGCAGCCCGUGACGACGAUGUACCCCGGCCGCGCGACCGCGCCCUCCGGCGCUCCGGGAUGUCCCCCGGGCCUGCAGCCGGCGCCGGGAUCCCCGGCCCCGCCGCCGCCCGUGCACGCCCUGGGCGGCAUGGACGCCGAACUCAUCGACGAGGAGGCGCUGACGUCGCUGGAGCUCGAACUCGGAUUGCACCGCGUGCGCGAGCUGCCCGAGCUCUUCCUGGGCCAGAGCGAGUUCGACUGCUUCUCGGACUUGGGGUCUGGGCCGCCCGCCGGCUCUGUGAGCUGCUGAGCGCGGCCCACCGCUUCCUUGGUGCGCCCGAGAGGAGAAGGGAGCCUGCCCGCCAGACUGCUCACCCAGCGUCUGGGCUCGCACGCACCCUCCGUGAGGGUGGAGGCAGCGGGCCAGUGCACGGAGUUAACGCCGGCUGGGACACCUGGCGCCACUCCCGCCCUGCCUCCUGCUGGAUGAGAGUUUGGCAUCGCUUCUCUGACCAGGAGCCUCAUCGGUAAAAAGGGCACUGGAUCCCCUUCGGACUCCAUGUUCUUGGAUUCUGUGUCCUCUCCUCUCGACUGUCCCCCCUCUCUCCCCCAAUCUGAGCCAUUCCAGGCCUCUGCCUGGUUCCCCCUCUCUCCUUUGGGUCACUGGGUCCCUGGAGCUGCGCAUUUACUGGGACCUCUACUCCCGCUGCCUGGGCCCUGAGGUCUAUGGGCCUCCCGCCUUGGGGAGGGGAAGAUUGUACAUACAGCCCCUGCAGAGUGGAGCGAUGCCCCAUCUGGCCUCCAAAAAACAAAAUAAAACUGGGUCACUUUACA